AUGGCACUCCAGCCAGGAGAUGUGGUAAACUUUGCGCGCGUUGCAUGGGACAUUUAUUAUCUAGGCUGGACGGAGGAUCUUAGAGCGUCACGCAACUAUGCUGAGUUCGGGAGUGACAUACGGGGACUGGCACAUAGCCUGAGCAUCCUCGACCAAGUCAUCAACACAGCAAAUGCGUCCCUGCAGAGCCAAGGCGGCCACCGAGCCUUGGUCCGAUAUGACCCUGUAUCGCUCAGAGAGAUCGUCGGCGACUACGAGACCACGCUGAGGGAAUGUCGCGAACUACUGGACGACAAUCGGCGGUACGAGGGGGCGAGAAAUCCCCUUCGCAACAUCGAGUGGAAUAUCUUGGUCCAGCCCGUGGCAGAUCGCUUGCGCCAACGCAUCUUGAUGCACAACUCCAAGAUCCAGCUCGUCCUUAAGCCAUUUGAGAUUGAUCUCCUUUCCCGAAUUAGAGAUGACCUCCACGCUAUCCACCGCGACAUUACGAACCAGAUCUUUGCCCUCCGCACCCAAGUCCAUCAACUGAUGGGUGUCCUCGUACCAGACCUCGACACCGAGCUCAACCAGCGGGACACGAGGGAGGUGCGGCUCCUCCAAGUACCCGACCAGCUUGCCGAGCAGUUCCGCCUCAUCACCGCGACCGAAAGCCUGGAUGACGGCCCAGAGGCUUCAUUCGGCAUGCAAGAGCUAUCCGACGCAUUUAUACUCAACUACAACCGAUCCACAGUGAGCUUCAGGGGCGGGAUGCUCGUCACGGACCGCCGACCGCCCGUCGAUCAUUAUAUAAAUCUGCUCAAGUGUGUGUGGCUUUUCGAGAAGAUUGAAAUCUGCUCGUCAAGCCAGGCCUUUUCGCCCGAGUCUCACUGGCCAGGGUACAUCAACAAGCUUCAAGAGGAUUUGUCGCAGCAAUGCAGUCGGUUCGACCAGCAAGAGCUUGUUCCGCCUCCGAUUCCCCCACAGCUGCCGAGGGCAAUGCUGUCAAUCUGGCCGCCGAAGCCAGUGGCAAAUCUACUGGACAUCAUUACGCCGGACGAGAUGAUGGAAAGGAUGCUGAAAUUACCUUUGCAAGGAACGCAAUCGGCGAGACGGCAGGUAAUUCUCAACCGCCGGAUGGGUUCUAACGGCAAGCGAUUCAGGGCUGAGGUUAGCGGAGAGCAAGAAACAAACGGGGAGCGAGCUCGUCAAGAGAAAGAGACAAUUGACUUUGAGAUUUCCAACACCUUGAUCAACCCUCUUUACGCCAUGCUUCGAAACAAUAUUCUUGUUCCGGAACUUUUGCUCAAGACUGACGAGCGGAUCGCCAAGCUAUCCUUCAACCGGAUGAAGGAUGUACUUCAAUUCCAAAGGGCUGUCACGGGAUUCAAGGUAUGGGAUCACUGGACGCAAAACAACGUCAUGGUGAGCUUUGUCAUCGCUGGCACGAGGCAAUCAAUCGUCGAGCGAGCAUGUCUACAGCUCUGGGUCCCCGAAGCUCUUGACACGUCGCUCAUCACAGCAAGUGACACACACUCGGACCCAGGCCCUUCCCGGUCCCCAACGGCCAUGUCGUCACCCUCCGGAGCCAUCCCGAUCCCCUCCAGUAGUCCCCGGACCAGCAGAAUGUUCGGAUCUGCCCCCUUAUCCAGCAGUCCCGACGCCAUGUCUUCCAUCUACUCGCCCAACCCGGCCAAUUCUCAGACGAGUGCCUCAAGACACGGAUCAGUCAUGUCCAGUCCCUGGGGUUCCGCGAGCUCUCCUCCAGAUCCUUUGGACAGAUCGCCCGGACGCACGAGAACCCAAGAUCGUCAGAACACGACAUCGACACACAAUAGUCAUCCCACAACAUAUAGUAGCCAUCCGACCUCUCCUUUCCGUAAUAGUCUCCCCAGCCAUUUUGGUAUGCAACACGUUAGACCUCCAACAGACCGAUCAGCCAGUAUCUCGAGCGCUGUGUCCCUCGCAACAACUAGCAACGGAUCAUCGAGCAGCGAGCAUACCACUACCAUCGCCACGGGGCCCUGGUCAACCGGCACCCUCCACCAGUGCCCUCCGAAACCCAUGCUGGUGCUCUUCACCCACAACGAAUCAACCCGGAAGAAGGCAAUCGUCACCAUCAACGUCGACAGCGAGACCCUGAUCAACCCGGAGAGAUGCAACUGCCGACAGGCGGGGACCGACGGAUUCUCAUGCCCGAUCGCGGCCGUGGAGCGCAGGAGCGCCCUGAGCCUCGAGGCCUACCGGUACGAGGCCGCCGCGCCCCAGCCAGGGAUGGGAACCUCGAGCGGCGACACCGACGCGGACUGGAACCUGGCGCGGCUGGCGGUCAACAACCCGGCGUCGAGGAAGAGCAGCAACGCCUGGCAUAACAUGAAGCGUCUGAGCAUCAUGUUUCCCAGCCCGGGGGAGCGGGCUCGGUUUGGCGGGACGCCAAAUGCCUGCCAUUGCUCUAUCCGGACAGAGGCGGAGCUCCAGGCUUGUCUUCGCCUCGGGCACAAGGGGUACUUGGGGGAGGUGAAGGAGUAUCACCGCGUCAAGAUGAAUGAGUAUGAGCAGAGCCGAUGGGAGGGUAAACAGGAUGUUGUCAUGGGGUUAAUGUAUUAA